AUGGGUAGGAGCCCUUUUCAUAGGACUGGUAGUAAUGGAGGUUCUUUAUCAGUUGGAAGGAAAAGUCCCCUCAUUGGUAAUAACAGUCAUAGUAGUACUCCAUCACUAUUGGAUACCGAUAAUCAUCAUAAAAACGAUCAAUUUUCGGCACCACACAGGAGCUCUGCUCUUCGGAAUGCAAUGGAAAACUUUAAUAAUGCUAAACAAAAUUCAUCAGCCACGACUGGAUCUUCGUUAUUCACUCCACCACCUCUCAUUCAAUCGGAAGGCCUGCCAUCACAAAAGAGAGGACCCUUACUUAAAAGAGUGUCAACUAGUAAUAUGCAAAUUACUGCAUUUGAUAUUCCGAGUAUUCAAAUUGAUAUUGCAAAGGAGGUACCCAAAGCUCAGGGAUUAUCAGAAAUUAUUAAUACUGUAACAACAACACCUCCUACAGUGGAUACAAACGAAACAAUGAGAGGAAUUGACUUGACAAAAAGUCCAAAGAGUGCCAGGUCAUUAGUUGGAAAUGGGGGAUUUGUUUUGAAAAGGAGAGAGUCUGUUUUCAAUCCAGCAGGUGUAGAAAAGACACCCACUAGUUCAACUCCCAAACUGGAAUAUGUUGUUCCAUCCCUUCAAAAUCACUACCCUCAAACAGUCAAUGAUUUGUACAUUAAGACAAUGCAAGAGAAGAAUCAUAGAGUAAUUGGUAACAAUGCAGGCAAUGAUUCUAAAAAGUCAAAACCAAGACCUCAAACAGCAGGAGCAACUUACUCGAGGAGAAACAACCCUGCAGUACAUGACGAGGAUGAUGAUGAACACGUUCUCAAUUCUGCUCGUGUUAAUAUUACAUCUGCAGAUUUAAUUGUUGACACGGGUGUUCCUUCUAAAACUAGCUCAAAAAAUAAGAAAAACAAGAAGGAAAAUCCAGCUGAUAAUAUCAAUUUACUAGGUAUUCCUGGCUUUAUUCAUCCUCCAAUAGGUGAGGAUGCUGUUCCAUACGGAACUUACAAGAAUGAUAAACAAGCGAAUGCUGAACAUUUGAUUUUGAGACACUCAACAGAAUUGCUUAAUUCUGAAAGUCUGGAAGGUCAAGUGACAAGUGACUAUUAUCAAAAAUUGGAACAGGAAUUAUGGAAAUUUGAGCAUGUGUCAAGAGGAAAAAACAAGGCAAUGAUGGUAACUCACGGAAAUAAUGUCAAAUUAUUUAACAGAGGAGAACCAGUUGAGGAAUUUUAUAACAAGUAUUUACUCUAUCAAAAGGACCUUAUUGAAAAGAAUGAAGAUUUUGAAACCAUGAAACAAACAAUGAAAAAAAUCAGACAAAGAGCCAAAUCAACAGGUUCACCAAUGAAAUCAAAAAUUGAAAGUGAAAAUCAAUCAGAAAAACAUGUCGUAUUUAAAAGGCAGACUGAGGAACAGCCAUUCAACAAGGAGAAUGCCAAGGAAAACAAUUUAUGGGAGAGAAAAAAGAAAAAGCGACUGAAACCAAUUUCACAAUUUGUUCAAGAGCAAGUGAGUAACUCUCUAACUCAAGAACACAAUGGAGGCACUUUCAUUACUGAAGUUCAAACUAACAAUGAAAAACCCCUCACAACCAAAAGCUCUGUAAUCAGUAUUGCAAUUCCACUCAGUGCAAGAAGCAUAACAUCUAGUAUUGGUCCUGGUGGUGGUGGCGGAGGAGGGUAUGAUCUUUUCAUUACAGACGAACAAGUUGACAUUGCUGAGAGAAAUAAGAAAACAAAACUAGGACUUAUAGACACAAUUAAAAGAGCUUCAGGAGCUCAAGACAAAAAGAAGGGAGAUUACGUUACAGGUGUUAAUCAUGCAGCCCAAUCCGGUAUUGGUGGCAUUGUUGCUAAAUUUCCUUCUGAAGAAUUGGGAGAAAGUGAGGAGAGAUUGAAACGAGUGAAAGCUAAAGAAAUUCCACUUCAAUCCAAUCAUGGAUACCAUACAAUUGUUGAUAUUGAAGAUUGUGAAGUUGACUAUCAAACAGCAGAUUUAGAACGUGUUUUUCCUCCAAUCAAGAUUGCAACUUUUGUGGCCAACGUCCCAGAAAAAUCAUCUAACAACCUAACUCCACUCACACCAGGCAGUGGAACUAAUUCAUCCAACUCAAGUACAGCCUCCCUCCAUAAUCUUAUUAAUAAUCAAUCCAUCUCUGUAAAUAAUUCUGCCUCAUUUGUGUCAACAUCAAUGUCACACACAAAUAUGUUUGCCUCUAACGUAGAUCAUAUUAUAGAUAGCAUUAGAUCUAGGAUACAAUAUAAGAAUAUUUCGAAUAUCAAUGUUGACGAACUCAAUAGUGCAGCCCUCAACAAGCAGUUGAUUGAUGAAGAGCAUGAGCAAAUGUUAGACGAGAAGUUACAACAAUUUGAGGGAGAGUUCAAAUCCAUAAUGUCAGAGGUUAAUAAGUUUUCACACAGUGUAACCCCUGGUUUUGAUCCAAAUGGAGAUGGUCCACAUGGAUCCAAUUUCCUCAUUAAAAAGGGAGCUGUUGAUAUUAAUGGGGAAACUUUUUACAAAACCAAAGAUUUAUCACCAAGAAAGGUGGAUGCAUUGAAAAAAAAGAAGGAAGCAAAAACUGUUACCUUCAGAAAGACAAGCAGUGGUCAAUGGAGAAGGGACUUUAUUUCCACUCAAACAAAACUUCAGUAUGAUUUGCUGGUAAAACUAGAUGAUCGAUCAGAGAAUAGAAAUGUAGUGGCAGGUUCGAAUGAACACCUGACAAAAGUAAGCAAGAAGGUGAUGAAAUCUUCGGAAAAAUUAGCUCUCUACAAGGUUGGAAAUCACAAAAAGACUAGAACUCAAGAAUCGUUAUGGGACAAGUCAAAAGGAAAAUUGGAUAUGCAAACAACCAAAUUUUAUCAAACAAUACUCUUUUACAAGAGGUUGACAGUGUUUUUGGAGGUUAUCCAAGCACCCUCAUCGGCCAACAAGCUCCUGAUAGGUUUUCUGAAUCGCCUUAGAUUCAAACUCAUCAAAAAUCCAACUCUAAAACACACAAAAGAAUCUCUCUUCUUCAGUUUAAUACUGCAAGUUAUCGAAGACUCAAAUACAAUAGAGGGUCCAAUUGUGCUGUCAGAUAUGAAUGACAAGAACCAAGAUGAGGCUCCAAUAGAUUUGUUCUUCUCCAACAGAGAAACAAUUAAGGUGAUACAAUUUUUGAAUGCUGAAUUAUCAAUCAAACAUGACGAUUUGUUUAGCUUUUUGGGCAAGCUUCCAAUCAAACAGAAUAAGUUGCUGCUGGAACUCAAAGCAAAGAUGAAACAGAAGGAAGAAGAGGGGCUUAGUUCUAAAGCAAAUAUUGCGCUUUCCAAGUCAACAGGUAGCCCCACUAUACCUCCAAUUAUCAACUCUAACCCCUCAAACAACAGCAAUCAAUUUCCUUUAUUGUCUUCAAACCCUCAAACAAAUACCACAUAUCCUAAAAUGUCAGAGCACCACCAACAGGUUAAGGUUCCACACCACCCAACAAACCAAGAUUCAAGCAGAAUUGCAUCUGAGAAGGUCAAUAAUAAUUCGAUACACAAUCCCAAUACUCAAAUCCAAGAACGAGAAUAUAAUUAUUCAGUUCAGGCGAAUACUUAUCCUCUUCAAGACAAUGCACAGCACCUCCCUAAAGAUACGGAACCCUCUAACAGAUGUCUUCAACCAACAGAACUCGACAAGUCCUUAUUAAAUCAAAAUUCGACGAAUAAGGAAGAAAAAAGAGCGAAGACGAACAGGACCAGAAUUUCUAUAAGCGAAUUGCUAUAA